AUGAGUAACGCAACCGCCCUGACAGGGGCUUUUCCGCCCCCGCCUGGCGUCACACCGAACUUCGAGAACCCCAGGGAUGCCGGGUGGAUGUGGAAUGUCGUUGGAAUGAGUGUUUUGGCAGCCGUCACGACGCUGUUCUUUGGGAUCAGAACAUUUGUGAAGUUUUCUAUGGCGAGACCGAUUCUUCCAGACGACUGGACCUGUGCAGUAUCAUAUGUUCUAAUCAUGAUCUAUGUUACGACGGUGUUCGUGAUGGCGCACUAUGGUGAGGGUCAUCAUGCAUGGGAGCUGACGAGGGAAUCAUACGAAAAGGUGAUGAAAUGGCUGUACGCCAGCUCCAUCGUCUACUGCCCGGCAGCAUACUUCACAAAGGUCACCCUACUUCUACUCGAAGCACGCGUCUUUGCUGUGCAUGAACGAGUCUCGCGGGGAAUCAGAGUCUUCAUCGUCACCUUACUCAUCUGCUACAUCCCAAUUCAAACACUAAAGACCGUUAUCUGCCUGCCGAUAUCGGCCUUCUGGGACCCCAAGACACCGCAUCCGAGAUGCCUGAAUCAACGCAAAAUCUUCAUCGCGGAUCUGAGCCUGGCCAUCAUUACCGACUUCUUCAUCCUCGUUCUCCCGGUACCACUUCUUUGGGGCUUGCGCAUGCCUUUGCGAAAGAAGCUAAAGGUUGCUGCGCUACUCGGGGCUGGGGGCAUUGCGACAGCUGUGACUGUCUAUCGCAUGUAUCUUGUUGUUCAGUUUCUUACUUCGACGGAUGUCACUGCUGAUUUCGUUGUGUUGGACCUCAUAACGGCACUGGAGCUUGUGAUUGGCUUCGUUUGUGCUUGUUUCCCCUCUACCAACCUUCUCUUUGAGCGCAUACGAAGAGGAGAAGGAAGGCCAAUGGGCAACCUACCACGAACGACGGGGGACCUGAAGAAAGGAACCAGCUCGAGCUCAUCAUACUGGCGAAGUCCCGCCAACUUCGACACCGAACUUGCGGUCCUUGCUGGCCAACCAAUGGGAACGAGUCCAAUGGCUGAAGAGCGCGGGAGAAAGUCGGAACAGAUCUCCGAGGAUUGGGCGUAUAACCCCAGGGCAAAUUCAAUGGAUGGCAGGCGAGAAGGUUGGCUGGCCGAGGGUGCCGAGAGCUCAGAACAAGGGCGUUCGAGGGACAGGGUACCCAACUGGCAAAACGACGAGAUGGAGGCCAGAAAGUCGUGGGAAGCCGUGUGGGAGAAGGCUAUACCUGCAGAGGGGUUGGCCUCUAUUCCGGAAGAGAAUGGCCCUCCUCGGCUGCAGCUCGCAACACACCCACCACCCGACUGGGAGAACCUGACAAAGUAG